GGACACACACAAUCACUCUUUUUUCAAUUUAUUUCACCUUUAACACGCGCCGUCUUGCUUUCUGAUCAGGAGAAGAUAUGAAUUUUGAAUUUGAGAGGGAGACUGGAUUCAUAAACAGUCAGCCUUCUCUUGCAGAGUGCCUGACGUCUUUUCCCACUGUCCUGGAGUCAUUUCAAACUUCAUCAAUCAAGGACUCGACAUUAAUUCCUCCUCCUUUUGAGCACACCAUUCCCAGCCUCGAUCCCCGCGCGAACGGCCAGGCGCGACCGAGGAGCCAAAAAAGAUCCGCAAAUGGCCUCCUGCUCCGAACAACGCAGCAGCAGGGCCCGGCGGCACCGGAGAGCGGCGGCCCGCUGGCACCGGAGUUCCCGUGGAUGAAGGAGAAGAAAUCCGCGAAAAAGUGCCAGAAGACCGGCUAUGCUACAGCCUCCUCCUCCCCCUCUCCCGCAUCCUCCGGCUUCGGCGCUUCGGGACUGGAGUCUCCGACAGAGACACAGAGCGGACCGGACAACGGAGGCGGAUCCCGGCGGCUCAGGACGGCUUACACUAACACACAGCUUCUGGAGCUGGAGAAGGAGUUCCACUUUAACAAAUAUCUCUGCCGACCGCGUCGCGUGGAAAUAGCAGCCCUGCUGGAUCUAACGGAGAGGCAAGUCAAAGUCUGGUUCCAGAACCGGAGGAUGAAGCACAAACGGCAAACGACGUAUCACAAGGAAGGCAACGACAGUGACACGGGCGGCUUCGAGCCCAUGGAAGGGGCAGACGCUGCCUCCCCGUACUCCAAUCAGCCCUUCGAGGCAUCUGGUUCCGCGGUCUCGGAGAGUGAGUCGUGUAAUUCGGCCUCCUACCCCAACAGCAAUGACAAUAACCAGCACGCUCCCGAGGAGAGCCUGUCGACCCGCCCGGAGUCUGCACCCACCCCCGACAAAAAUGUAGGGUUCCCUCAGUACCCAACGCCCACCGCCGAUAACCCGGCAACAAUGGGCAAUUGCUGCGCAUCUGGCCCGGAUAAUACGUUUCCAGAGCCACGGGACGCCGCUUCGCUCACCGAUUUGAAUUUAUUUACAACCGAUUCAUGUCUACAGAUUUCUGACGCUUUAUCGCCUAGUCUGCAGAGCUCACUAGACAGCCCUGUAGAUUUUUCUGAAGAAGACUUUGACUUGUUCACGAGCACCCUCUGUACUAUAGACUUACAGCAUUUACAGUUUUAACCAAAAGAAAACGGAAAAGGAAAAAACAAUAAAGAAGACGUUAACUGUACUCGAUUUCACAGCUCGUGGCAUUUUGACUUUCGAAACAUUUUCUUUACUUCUCAAAAACCAUGUUAAAAGGUAAACUAGUACAAAAUUUGUGAUGGGAGCAACUAUAACCGUUUUUGUUCCGUUUAGAUCGAGACGUCCCCCGUCCAAAUUUCAGGUAUUUAUUCGCGUUUUAUUUUGUGGAUGUACUUUUCAGUAAUUUAUUACAGAAGAAAAAAUGUGGAAAAAGUGCAGCUCAAUCUUGAAUUCUCAGGAAAUUUACAUGAUGUAUUGGAUAGCUGGACUGCUUUUAGAAGUUCUCUCGAGACGGGCGUAUAGUCCCGCAUUGUGAAUUGUAGAUUUAGUUUAUUUAUUGAAAUUCUUUAAUAGCAAAUUGCAGAUAAUUUAUUGUACAUUAUUUUCAUAGUUGAAAUAAAAAAAACACUUAUUCUGGUG